GGCACCGCAGGCCGUCCUGUCCCCAGCCCUGGCCCGAACGUCACAUGACCUGUCCAAGAUGGCUGCGCCCAUGUUGCUCCGCCAUUGCAGAGGUGUUGCCUCAUUGCUGUACUCCAGUUCUCGGUAUAAUAGCAGUUCAACUGGCUCCACUGCUAAACCUCUAAAAAUCGGUAUCCUUCAGUAUCUCUGCGACCGCUUUUAUGAUGUUGAAACCUUUGUAGACGUCGGCCAUAAGCUAAAGAAGUGGAAUAUACAAAGAAAGAACAGUGCUUGCGUUGAAGUCUGCCAGCGCUUUGGUGAUGAAGUUGGAGCAGCUGUCUUUGCAUUAAAUCUGAAGGGAAGAAUCAGGGCACAGGGUCAAAAUGACUGGUACCAGGAUAGUAUCAUAAAUUGGAAAAACAACCUGAAUUUCCAAGAAUAUAAUGAAGUCCUCCUGGAGGCAGUGGAUCUCAGUGGUUCCAUCAUCAACUACAAUGGUCUUGAUAACCUAGUUAAGCUGAAAGCCCUGAAGCAUCUGGUCCUCAGCAGGUGCCCACAUAUUGAUGACUGGAGCCUGAGCCGACUGCAUGCCUUUGCAGACACCCUGGAGGAGCUUUCGCUGGCUGGCUGCCCCCAGAUCACCGAGAGAGGGCUCGCUUGCCUCCACCAUCUUCAAAACCUGAAGCGCUUGGAUGUCUCAGACCUCCCUUCUGUUAGCAAGAAAGGUUUAGUUCGGAUCCUGUUGGAGGAGAUGUUGCCCCAGUGUGACAUUGUAGGAAUGGACUAUGGGGAAGAUAUGGACCUGCAGGUUGAAGACGCCGUGAACAGAGGGAAGGCGGAGGAGCCUCAGGAAGCAGCCAGUAACCUGAAAACAUAUUAAAUACCUGUGUGAGCAGGGAAAGCACUUUUUCGGAGAGGACAUCCUCUCGUGGCCAUAAGAUUUUGUGGUUCCUUCCACAAAAGCAUUCAAAUUUUUUACCCCAAAAUGUUUUCAAACACCUUCUAGGCAUGGGGACAUUUUAGGCUCAUAAGGAACUUUUUCUUUAAACAAGAAGUGUUUGGGAACUCUCUUCCUCUUUUGUUUUUUAAAUAACAGUAUCUCCUAAAAUAUUCCAAAAGGUUCCCACAAGUGUUCCCAAAAUGCCCCCACGCCUCCUAGAAAGGUAUUCAAGGGGGAAAUGUUGUUUGAAUAAAAUAAUUUGGAGGCCACAAGAAUUAUCCUGCAGGUCAUAUAUGGCCCCUGGGCAACUUUUUGCUGGGCCCUUUUUCUAAAUCAGGCGUGAACUCAUUUUUGACCCUAAUCCAGGACCUGCCAUGGACUACACUAGCCUCUGAAAACAAAGCCAGAACUCCAGGUCUGGAUUUUAAACACACUUUGGAGAGGCAGAGAGAGAAUGAAAUGCACAGAACAAGGUGAGAGGAGGUGAACCUGAAGAAUCACCACUCCUCUGGAAACUCUAGGUCUUCAGCCAGGAAAAAGGAUUAGCGGAGAAGGAACUGGGGAGGUUCAGAAGGAGCACAGCAGCUGCCAAAACAGUUGUGGGGCUGUAUGGUAACCAACCCUGUUCUAAAGUAUUCCUGGACUUCACUUAAUUCAUUUUCCUCAUGCACAGCAUCGUAAUAAAUUGAGCAUCCAUGGUCAAGAGUAGCAUAUUUUAUUUAUUGUUCCUUCCCUGCUCCCUUCCAUAUGCUAAGACAGCAGAAGUAAAAGAGCAUCUGGAGGAAAACAACAACAACCAAGUUUGCCCCUCGCUUGGAAAGCCAUUGAUUUAGUAAACUGAAAGUUGAGUUGAUUAACCCGGAUAUCAAAUAUCUUGAGUUGUAUUUGCAUUUUCCUCAUUAGGGUUUAGAAAGUUUAUCGAAACCAAAGGGGAAAAGCUGUGAGUAGGAAGGGUCAUUUUUUGUUCCCCGCAUCCUGAUUUCAACAUCAAAGCAAACCUGCUGGAUGAGCCGUAAAUCUAUGCCGUCCCCAUGUUUUGAAAGUCAGGCCUUUAUGAGCAUCUCAUAAUGCAAUAACUAAAGGCAGCACUCCUCCCCCUUAUCUCUUGGCACCUGAAACUUAGAGGUAGACUGCCUUUGAAUAUGGAGGCUCUGCUUAGCUAUUGUGGCUCAAAAGUCAGCAUUCUGAAGAUGUCAGCCACAGAUGCUGGUGAAACAUUAGGAAUAAAGUCGUCUAGAACAGAGCCACAGAGCCCAAAAAAACCACAACAUGUUGAACUUUUUCUGGUGCUCAAAGGAACCCUUCCUUGGUCUUUUCUGCCUCCGGUACCCAAUUUUCUGUUAAAGAAGUGAUGCCCAGGAGCAAGUCUGCUUCAUUGACGGAGGUAUACCUGCAACCUCCAUUGCACAAUGGGUCUGAUAAAAAGAAACCAGCACUUCAUUUCCUGCUUGACCUUUUGCAUAAUGUAUACCCGUAAUUGCUGCUAGUCCUGCUUAUCCCGAUAGAUUUGUGUGUGGUUGUUUUUUUUUCUUAAGCCUAGAGCAUCUUAUUGGUUGCGGCUCCCUAUCCAGAGACGGUGCCCGCCCUUUCAUGCGCGCCGCCAGUUUCCAUGUGGUUAUGGCAUGUCUCCUGCCUCGGCUCUUGUUGAUGGUUCUUGGUUUCGGAGCCCCAGAUGUAGAGCACCUGAGCUGCACCUUGGCAGGCUGUUGAUGAAAACAGCACCGCUUUUUGGGCAAGCCAGGACAAGCCUCGCAGUACCUACACACCUGUGGGAUUUGCACACUUGCAGAAGAAGCCAGAUGCCCAGGGGUAAAAUAUAUAUAUAUAUUAAUAAUAUUUAUUUGUACUAAAUGCCUCAAUUGCUUCAUACUGAAUGGAAUGUUAUUUAUAUAAAUGAUUUAAACAAGACCUUAGUUACUCCGGUGUUGAAAGAAUUCUUGGAGAAGAGGAAUCCUGCAUUGCUGAUUCAGGGUUAAAUUUAAAUAUUCAGAGACUAUCUUUAAGGGUAGUUCUAUAUCUGUUUGUAUAAAUUGUCUUGGAAGAUGGAGGCAGAGAGGCUUUUACAAUGGAAGAAGGGGAGACUUGUAAGGCUCAGCCCAAAGAGUCCUGGGUUCCAAUCCCUGCUCACCAUAUGGUAAAGCUCACCAUAUGGUCUUGUGUACCUUGGCCUACUUUUCAGCUUGUUGGAAUAAAAUAGAGCUUGUUGUGUUGUA